GAUGGAGAGGGGAUAGUGGUGUACCCCGACAAUGAACUGUGAUAGAAACACAAACUUUCCGACUUGUUAAGUGUUAUCAUGGCGAGAGCUCAGUAUUAGUUUAGAUGGAAAACGGUGUGUGUGUCUUCAUUUUUAUGUUGUGUCGUUUCGUAUCGUUUUGUGUGAAUCAUCAUGUCUGAAAUACCAUCCAAGUUCUACAAAUUGUGUCGCCUUUGUUUAUCAGCUUCAGGAGUUAGAUUGUCUAUUUUUGACGAUGCAAGCACUGAAAAGAACUAUCCCUUGAAAAUUAUGACGUGUCUUUCCAUUAUGGUGUCGGAGCAUGACAUGCUGCCCACCAUGAUUUGUCAACACUGUACCUUUAAGCUGGACAUGAUGUAUGAGUUCAGGGAAGCCUCUCGCAAGUCGGAGUUGGUCCUGAAGCGUUACUUAGCCAACAGUUCCUCGGAUGCCCUGGUGUCAUUGCAGGAAUACUUAAAUUGUAUGGAGGUGCUUUCGAAUCCACCUUUGAAGUCUGGGAGUGCAGGCACAAGCUCACGUGCUGAUCGGGAUCAAGAGAUGAAACCCGAACAUUACAUCAAAACUGAGAAGAGGAGUGAAGAAGCUAUGGAGGAGGAUGAAGAGGAAAGAAGUGCCGAAAUGUUGAAUGGUUAUUCCGACUCUGAUUCAGAUGAUGAGGGCCAGCUCAGGAUAGCUGAAGAAGAGAACUAUAUGCCGUCAGAGGUGAAACAAGAGCAGGACGACAUGUCCGAUGAUGACUCACACUAUGAAGAAACAAGUCAUUCAGAAAUAAAAAAUGAACCUUCAUCUUCACCCACAUCCUGCCCAAAAAGUGAAGCCAAUAGUCUGCUUCGGUCUCUGAUGUCUGGAGCUCCCCACAGUGGCCGCUAUGGGAGUGACAACGAGGUUCUUGCCUUCAAUAGAACCAACUUUCUUGCCCAUUACAUCGGUGAGUCAAAUGGUGAGUCGAGAGCCGCUCGCGGGAGGCGUAAGCAGAGUUGCCCAUUGCGUGCUACUGAGUUGGCGUUCCGUAGCCACACCCAGCCCCACACCAUACACAAUGGAUCCCUCAACGGUAAAGGCUCUGUGACCAUUACUCCCUUAGAAACAGAAACAGAAACGGAACUAGAACUGGAAGAAGAACCACAACCACAAUCACAGAAUAAUAUCUCACGACUUUUGGAAGCCGCUAGCUACGCGGAGCGAAGGGCGGCGGCAGCAGCAGCGGCGGCGGCAGCAGCAGCAGCAGCCGCUGCGGCAGCAGCGGCAGCUCGGCAGGAAAGCCCGAUUAUUAACACAGAUGAAGAUAUAGAAGAAGUUGACUUGGACGACAAUGCCCAGGCUUGGUGUGGCACCACCAUUUUCAAGACGAACAAUGGCAGUACCCCACGGCAACCAUCGCUAGCAAAGAGAAUGGACCUCCAAUGCAGUAAUUGCGGUACACGCACCACUACCAUCUGGCGGCGUAACCCUCUGGGGGAGAUGGUCUGCAACGCUUGUGGCCUAUACUUCAAGCUACACAAUAUAAACCGUCCUGCUACAAUGAGGCGGGACACAAUACACACACGUCGCAGGCGUCCACGCGGGGACAAGCGAACAAAAGCUGCGAAGAAUAUCUUUCCUCCACCUGCCGGUUCAUCGGAGGCCGGCAGCAGUGGGAACAACUCUGGGGGCAACAGUGGGAACAACUCGGGGGGCAACAGUGGGAGCGAAGAGUGUGACGACAUGCUGGUAGCGCUGAGACGACAGAUUCAACCACACUUGAUGUUAGCGGCUCUACAGCAGUCUACUAACUUCCAGAGACCAACAGCCUCUCCACCACCUGUUGUCUCACCUGUGCACAACUUCACCCGUGAAACUUCACCGAACGAGGCCCCUCUCAACUUGCAGAGCUGCGGUUUGGCUCGGAUGUUAUAUGAGAGUAUGUUGCGUACCCAUGCCAGCCUGAUGGGUCGUCCUAGGGCGACUUUUGACCUCUCCUGACCUAAUCUACCACAGGGUCCUGCAUCCUUCCAUCCUGCCAUGUCCAGUAUUACUUGUUAAGUUUGACUCUCUAUUUUCUCUCUUUUUUUUGUUUGUGUUGUGAAUUUAAGGAAUGUAAACCGCUCUCUAUUUAAUGACAGUAUUAAAGUGGUCUCUGCUUUUUUGUGUUUUGUUCAAUUUUUUUUUCUUGAUUCGUUUAGCUAGGUUAUUAGGCGGAUCUGUGAUUAUGUGUUGUUGCUAUUUGUUUUUCUUCUACACCUGACCUUCGUCAUGACUGGUGGCUUCUGAGCCAAUUGCUUAUAUAACAAGUGUGUUAUAAGCAAUUGGCAAUUUGGCAUCACACAAUUUUUAAUUUCUCGAAUUGGUUUAAUGACCUCUAGGUAGUUGAUGCUGUAAGAUUUAUCAUGUAAACCACUUUCUGAAGUGGUUUACAUGAUAAAUCUUGUACGCUAUACAACAUCAACUACCUAGAGGUCAUUAAACCAAUUCGAGAAAUUAAAAAUUGUGUGAUGCCAAAUUGCCAAUUGCUUAUAACACACUUUAAUCAAGGAUUAAUCAAGAUAACCUAAAGUUGUUCGUUUAUGUAAGCUAUUUGAUUAUUCCUUGUGUAUCAAUUUGUAUUAAGAAUUUGGGAUCAUGUAGUUGGUUUCUUUACAUUUUUUUAAGAAUCUCUAGGUAUUGAUACUGUACAGCAUACAAAAUAUCAAACUUAAAGCAAUCUAUUGUUAAGAUUUAUACAAAAUUUGUUUUCACCUGUUUUACCACUCAGCCACCAUUCAUCGAAGCCGGGUGAUGUGACAGGGUGAUGAGCAUUUGUAGCCUUAUACUGCGAGAUGUGACACAUUGUGCCUCUCGUAAAACAUAAUGUCUGUAAAUAUUUGCAGUAGAACCAUACGGUAUUAUGCGGCAAUAAGCCUUCAAGUGGGCAGCUUAUUUAUACACUAGCAUAACUCAUUAAUUAUUUUUGUUUUUCUUGAUAUUUUUGUAUAAAGUUCCUUUGAUUAAAAGCACAAAUAUUAUUUGCAGUGGCAUUGUUGCUGCAGCUUUUAGUUGGAAUUACCCAGUUUUUAGGACAAAACCCAACAUAAAAACUAGGUAAUUCCAACUGAAAGUUGCAGCAACAAUGCCACUGCAAAUAAUAUUUGUGCUUUUAAUCAAAGGAACUUUAUACAAAAAUAUCAAGAAAAACAAAAAUAAUUCAUGAGUUAUGCUAUUGUAUAAAUAAGCUGCCCACUUGAAGGCUUAUUGCCGCAUAAUACCUUUAGUGAAUACCGUAUGGUGUAUAAGCUGAUUAUUAGCUUGCUUUGUUGCGCUCUUACACAAGCGCUGGUUUUUUUUAUAUUUUUGUAAUGUUUAUUUAUUUUUGAUCUGUAAUUUUUAAUUUGCCUCGUCUGAACUAGUAUCGUGUUUGUAACAGAUGUCUAAUGUUUGUGUUGUUGUUUUUACAUUUUUUACUGUAUUUUAGCCCAGUAAGAGAACAUUUGUGUAUUACUGUUUAACAUUAGUGUAUGAAUAUCUUUUAUUAAAUAAGACUGUAUCCAGACUGUAUUUUAUGUUGUACGGAUCUUAGUUACAAAUGCGAUACAAGUGGCACUGACGUUUAAUGCUCUCUAUUUAUUUAGGUAAGUUAGGCUAGUUGUAGUUCUUAGCGGAUGGUCAACAUGACUACUUAAGUAAGUUAAGACAAUUAGGGUCAACUUUUUUUAAUGUUAACGACACACCCUGUAUUUUUUUAUGUCAGCCGUUUGUUGAUCGUUUAGCAUGUGUAAAUAUCGUUGACUUUUAAAUAGAAUGCACUACUAACUGUAGAUAGUUAGUUGUAGGGAGCAAACAUAGUUUUCACCCUUCCCUUCUAAUUGCUCAUUAAAUCCUCUUGCUCAUUAAAUUUCCCCCCUGCAAUAAUAUAAUUCUCAUUUUAUUAAAUAAUUAGUUUUAGUUACGUUUGAUAUUAUGAUUUAAUUUGUGAUUUUGAUGGUGUACAUUGUUGGCCGGAAUUUAAUGUAGUUUUUUUAAUUAUAGUAUUGCGCUAUAUAACAAUAGUUAUACUUUAUUAUAUUACAUUUUCAGAUUAAUUCUAGAUAAGAAUUUUAUAAUGGCAAUGCAGGUUAUAUUAUCUAUUAUGGACUAUUAUAUUGUCUGUCCUGCAUUGCCAUUAUAAAAUUCUUAUCUAGAAUUAAUCUGAAAAUGUAAUAUAAUAAAGUAUAACUAUUGUUAUAUAGCGCAAUACUAUAAUCUAGAAUUAAUCUGAAAAUGAAAUAUAAUAAAGUAAAAGUUAUUGUUAACGGUUAUAUUACAAAAUAAAGCAGACAAAUAGAUUUAAAUUUAAAUAUGUUGUAAACAAGUUGAAUAUAUUUUUGCAACAUUGCUUUGUCUAUAAUAAGUUAAAAUUAAAAUCUAUUAUGUCUGCUUUCUUUUGUAACAUAUUCGAUUCUCCUAAAUUAGAAACAACUAAUUUGAGAACUGAAUUUUUAAGAAUUCUUUUGGAGUUAUGAAUAUUUUGGAGCCAGUGCUCCAAAAUAUUCAUAACUCCAAAAAUAAACCAGCUUAAUCCAGUGAUUAAGCUUCUCAGACAUAAUACAGAAAAACAUCGUACGAUUCUGGCCGACGAUCUCUAAUACUCACUUUUAAUACUCAGUAUGAACUGCAGGUUGUGUAUUCAGUUAGGUUAUAUUGUGGAUAGCAUAACAUCCCAGAUUGAUAGUCUUUUUCAUAUUUAUUAUAUCUGUUUGUACUAGCAUAGUGUUCCUCUAUAUUUAUUUGUUACGACAUUUGUCAUUUUUAUGGAUUGAAUGAAAUUGUGCAUAUUUAACUGCUAAAUGCAAUUAAUGUGCAAUCUUAACAAUAAAUAUAUUAAUCUUUUAUACAA